AUGCGGAGGAGCAGCCUGGAGCACGAUGUUGAGGCGCCCUUGCUAGGAGGCGGCGGCGGCGGCGGCAGCGGCGGCGCCGACACGCCCUGCAGCCGCUGCCUGUCGCCAAACCGAGCGCUGUCUGAUGGCGAGGAGGGGCGCCGCACACCGCGCAUGAGUGCUACCCACGGCGGCUCCAUCCGCCUCAAGCGGGCUGGCUCCUCCAUGCCCCAGGAGGAGGCGGAGCAGCAUGGCGGGCUGGUGCUCAAGGAUGUUGAAGCGGAGGGUGAUGUUCGGGAGCUGGAGGUAGAGGUGGUGGCCGGCGCGGUAGCCGAGGCUGUGGCCGAGGCAGUCCAGGAAGCAGUUCAGGAGGCUGUUCACGACGCGGUGCAGCAGGCUAUAGAGGAGAAUGUCCAGUUUGAUGUGCGCGCCAACUUCUACACGCUGGUGGCCGUCACAGGGGUCAUCCUGUUCUGGCGCGGCGUGUGGAACUCCUGGGACUCGCUAUUUGGCACCGACCUGGCCAGCAACAUCGGCAGCAUGGUGGUGGGCCUGAUCAUCAUGUGCAUAAUCCGAAUCUUUAACCUGCCGCUGGUAGAGGGCCUGCCGGGCGGCUGA